AUGGCUCCGACAUCAACCAACGCCUGGUCCAUCACCGGCAUCGGCAAGGACAGCAGCAACUGGGACACCCUCGAGUUCAAGAAGGACGUGCCCCUCCCGGAGCUUGGUGACUACGACGUCCUCGUGCAAAUCGAGGCAGUCUCCCUCAACUUCCGCGAUCUGGCCAUUCUGAAGGGCCUCUACCCGUUCCCCCUCAGCUUCCCCCGUAUCCCGGCCUCUGACGGCGCCGGCCGCGUCGUCUCCAUCGGCCGCAAGGUCACGCAGUUCAAGGAGGGCGACAACAUCGCCACCCUCUUCAACCAGCACCACCAGUCCAACCCCAUCACCCCCCUGGCCCUCGAGAGCGGCCUCGGCGGCGCCCUCGACGGCACCCUUCGCCAGUACGCCGUCUUCCCCGAGCACGGCGUCGUAAAGUCCCCCAAGACGCUCUCCGCCGUCGAGGCCGCCACCCUCCCCUGCGCGCCGCUGACGGCCUGGAACGCGCUGUACGGCCUGCAGUCCAAGGCGCUCAAGCCCGGCGACUACGUCCUGACGCAGGGCACGGGCGGCGUGAGCCUGUCAGCGAUCCAAUUCGCCGUCGCCGCGGGCGCGACCGUCAUCGCGACGACGUCGUCCGCCGCAAAGGGCGAGGAGCUCAAGAAGCUCGGCGCGCACCACGUCAUCAACUACAAGGAGACGCCCAACUGGGGCGAGGUCGCCAAGUCGCUGACGCCGGACAGCGUCGGCGUGGAUCACAUUAUCGAGGUCGGCGGGCCGGGUACCGUCGCGCAGUCGCUCAAGGCCGUCAAGCUGGAGGGCGUUAUCUCCAUCAUUGGGUUCCUGUCCCACGGCGACAAGCCCGAGGGAGACCAGCCCACGCUGCUGGAUGCGCUCGCCAACAUUUGCACGAUUCGCGGGCUGUUGGUCGGGUCGAAGCAGCAGUUUGAGGAGAUGAAUCAGGCGAUUGACGCGAAUAAGAUCAAGCCCGUCGUCGACAAGACGAUUUUCGGCUUCGAAGAGGUCAAGGAGGCGUACCAGUACCAGUGGGACCAGAAGCACUUUGGCAAGGUCGUCAUCAAGAUUUGA